GUUUUGCUGCAAGGCAGUCAGCUGACAGCUGAGUGUUGGUGUCGGUGGUGCCGUGAGCAGCGCACUUACGCCGGGAUCACUGAGCUGAGCCGUGGUCAUCCUGCUCUCUUACUGUCAUCUCUUGCAAAGUUCACGCCGCGGCUGUGUGCCGGUGCCUCUGAGACAGACAUUAGCUUUACAUGCAAGAUACGUUAUAAUUAGUAAAAAAUAGUAGUGCAAACAGGCGCAAGGAUAUAUUAAAGACAGAAAGAGAGAACAGAAAGUGAUCCGUCGUGUAGUAGUAAAGGCGGCGACAAUUCCCGCGUGACCGGUGCCGGGCCCCCCGACGUGACUGUGCCAGUGCCGGUGAUGGAUACGUUCUGCAGUGACCAGCGAAUGUGAUAACCAUGUCUGCCACACCGCCAGUACCCCGCCGCGUCCACCCGGCCGUCACUAUCAGGAGGGCACAGAGCGAGCGUCGGUACCUUAGCCCUUGGCAGGUACAGGUGUCCUGGCCACCGACGCCCAUGCAUCCCCCAGUGCUGCAGCCUGAGCUUGUUCGCGACACCACCUGGACGUGGGUUGACCACCACCACCACGCUCCUCGCACCGCCUUCAUCCCCCCUGCCAAUGCUCACCAGACACGCAUGAUCGGACACUCCCAGACCGUUUUCAGUAAUGGCGGGUCAGUAAGGCCUCGACCCAUGAUGCCAUGCGCUCAGUUGCCCCCCUUGGCACUCGGCUCGCCUCCCAUAGUGCCGCCUCUGACCCUAGAGGGCAGGCUUGCCCAGGACAGACUGACGGCGUUCCUUGCAAGGGAGACGUUGCCCCACCGACCCCGCUCCAUACUUUCCUGCCCCGAGUCGCCGCUGUACGAGUCCCUCUUGUCGUGCUUCACCGAGUCUGAGGACACCGUCACACUGGCGGAAACAGAGGGCGAGCACGAGUACCAACAAAUCCAGGUGGUGAGAGCUGCUGCAAAGGCCGACGAGGAGGAGCACGGGAAAAAUAUAGAGGGUGAAUUUCGGGAUAAAGGUUCGAGUAGGCAUGAGUCCUCUGAUGCAGUGCCCGAGAUUCCUCAGCGACAGCCGCACAAGACGCCACUCACCAAGCUGAACACCCUUGACGUCCGGCCAGAGAAAUACGGUAAAGAAAACGAGUCAGCUGAUGAUACUUCAUUCAGUUAUCAGUCUCGUAAGGAAGCUUUGGAGGUAUUUCCAUCAGCAAAGACGAGAAAAAACUCCAUGCAGUCUGUAUCGUCUCAUGAAAGUCUAAAAAGUGCCAUUUCCACCCUAAGCUCCUCCUCGGGUGAUAAUGCAUCCGUUAUGUCAGGCUCUGAUACUACUUACCAGGAGCUGAGUCAACCCUCCACUGUUAUUUAUGUCUCGAGCAAUGGCAACAAAAAUUCGGUGAACGCAGCGAGUCCACACAACUCAGAAGUCAGCGGUAAAAAGUCAAGCUCAGAAAACGGCGGGAAUGUCUCCGAGAACAACACGCACCAUGUUGGCACACAAGUCAGCCAAAGCUUGUCUUCAAGUUACUCAAAAAACAGUCACAAGUCGACUCAGCUUUCCUCACGAUCUGGCAGUGCUGAUGCUGCCACCCAAGUAGAAAUGGUAGAGCUAACCCAGCCACCUAGGACAUUUUUUCCUCCUUUAACCAUCGAAUUGCCGGAGACAAAAUCAACUGGUUGGAAGUACGAACAAAACACUCCCAGCAAAAAGAGAUCUACGCAAGUCCGUCAUGGUGACUCCCCGUACAUCAUAACCACGCUUGACCCACCCAUCAAGCGGCCGACUCAGAGGCACCACAAGAACAAUACCUCCUCCCCUGACCCUCGUCCAGCUGACAUACCUCCUCUCAUUGUGAACUUCGACUAUGAGGACACAUUCAGUGACGACGACACUAUUUAUGAAAUGGACUGUUCUUGGAGCACCGCUGGGGAAAGUACCUCUCUGUACAUGGCGGACAGUGACACCAGUUCACUAUAUUCCUCCGUUGGGGAGAUCUAUUCAAUGUUCGAGACGGAGCCCGACGCGCUGGUAUACGUGUACCGGCCGCCGCCACGCCCCAAGGACCACGGCCAUAACCGGAACUCAACCCUCAGCUACAGGUUCCCGACCUACGCCGUUUCCAGGGGCAUGGGCAGCAGUGGUGGUAGCAGUGAAUCCGAGUCGUCGUGGGGAAGUGGCACCGUGUCGUUCAUCGAACCUUCAUACCGCCCCUCAAACCUUUCCGUGGGGUCAAGAGGUCACCUGAAGAUUGACUAUUCCUGUUCAUGGAAUCGCCUUGAUGACUUUGUGAGGACCACCAGCCCGAAGGACGGCUGCUAUGGAUGCUCAGAAGACUACAGGAUGCAAUAUGCAAGCAGGUCACCCCGGGAGCACCCUGCCAGCGCCUGCAUGACGGCCCCAGCAGCUCUCCUCUUACCGUGGGAGAGGUACUCGGACACUGCUGCGGGCUAGUGUGUGCCAAGACCUCCGUUUCUCUGCUCUGGUGCAUACACUUUAUCACACUGCAGAUCUCUCGCGUAACGCUCGUAUAAUUUUUGGCUUAUGAUAAGUGCAUGUCUUUCCAAAGACACACUCAUGUAAACAACUUUUGUUGCAGCUAACAGUUUUUGCCUUUAACAUAUAAAUCUUCUAAUAAUGGAAUUUUGCAAAGUAGGCCAAUGGUGCAUGAACAAUCUCGCGAAAGGGAACAAUCCGUUACAUAUGUUUAAUCAGCCAGCCCAGGGCUUGCAGAGGCAGUCAAAGAAACACUGGUCAUUACUAUGUGUACAAUAUUUCAAAUCACGCCAUCAUGAUUUGUAUCUGUAUUGAUUUUACUUUACUUUCCAAUGACGGAACAGUGUGGGCACGAAACUGGCAAGUGGAGAGCAAUAUUCAGGAAGCUCGUGCAGUACUACUUGAGCUGUGUUCAAUUAUUUACCCUGCAAUUACUGUGAAUUUGAAAGAAGAAACCUGUUUCAUAUCAGCAGCUGAAUCGCACUCAGCAAGGAAAAAAAUACAUCGAUAUAUACCAAGUUACCGAACAAUAUAGCAUGAAUCAGGUGGUUCCAUCUUUGUUCCUGUGUUACUGACUUGUUGAUGAAGUUCCUAAGAGUCAUUUUGCUCCUGUGUUGCCUGACUCGGACUUAAGUUUAUUAAAUUUGCAAUACGGUGCGUGAAAUAUUUAGAUCUUGAUGUUGUUUGAUUCUCAGAGAAGUAGCGAGUUGUGAGAGGCCACCGUGUGUGUGCACAGCGACGACCCUCCACCUGUUGCCGGCGCCGGUGAUUAGCCAGUCCAUAUUUGAGCAUACUAUUGCGAGGUUGUACUUCUGUUUGUGUCGCUGAAAACUACAUCUGGUCGCGAAUCGACAUCUGUAUUAAUGCAUUUAUUAACACGUACUUGAAAUUCGAUCAGGGCAGACAGACUAACCAUCUUGAUGAAACUACCUUGUUACACCGGAAAUCGUCUUUGUGUAACCUUAUAUUGUAUAUUGUAUACCUGUAUAUACCCUACUGUAUAAGCUCAAUAAAAGCCAAUAGUGAAACUGUAA